AUGCCGACAACGAAGCUGACGGCGGGCGAUGAGUCCCCGGCAUCGUGGGCCGACGAUGACGCUGGUCGGCUGCCGAAAGCCGAAGCGUCGCGCGCCAUCAACGAAGACGAUCCCCAAGCCAGCGGAGGAGACCUCGGACGGCCGUCCGCCGUCAUCGAGGCGGCCCGGCAAGUGCGCGCGCUUGAAGAGGCCAUGAAGGCCCUCGAGCUCGAGGCGACGGGCGGCACCAUGGAGGACGACAUGGUGCCGAUAAAGCUGGGGAUCUUGGAGGGCCUCUACCGUGACGGGUGCGGUGCGCUGUCGCGUAUAGAGGCCAAGACGGGCUCUUCACGGCGUCGUGUCCCGUUCGGCGGCGCGUACGCCACCGCACGGCUGGCGCUGGACCGCCUCCGAAAGGCGAACGCGGGGCCCAUCACCAACACAGCCUACGUGGCUGCCACGCCCCAAGCCCCGUCCUCGCCCGCACCGCAGCCAGCGUCCUGCGGGGGCACAACGGCACCGGUGAUCAUCACUGCAAAAAUGAUGAUGCAAGAUCUCUGGCGAGAAGAUCUGGCAUGGGACGACUACGUGUCACCCGCAACGGUCCAAGAGUGGAACAAGUUCACGUCACAACUUCCACUCUUGAGAAAGCUGCACAUCCCACGAAUGGCGUCGCCCAGCGGACCAACGACGCUGCGUGUCGACGGCUUCUGCGAUGCAUCCGUGAAGGCCUACGGCUGCGUGAUCUACGUGACCUUCGAGGACGAUCAGGGCCAUCGGAUAACGCGCCUGCUGUGUUCCAAGUCCCGGGUGGCCCCCCUCAAGGCAAUGACGUUGCCACGACUAGAGCUGCAAGCGGCAGUUUUGCUAGCCGAUCUCUACGUGAGAAUCAAGGACGUCUUCGGCUCCCGUGUCGACGAAACACAUUGGUGGUCCGACUCGCAGGUAGCACUAACCUGGAUCCGUUCGGGCAACUCUCGGUGGGACGUCUUCGUGAAGAACCGAGUUGCCAAAGUCCAGACGGCUACCGCGACCACCGACUGGCAUUACGUGCCUACCAAGCUCAACCCGGCCGAUAUCGUUUCCCGAGGGAUCUCGGCAAGAAGGUUGAUCCGUCCAGAAGUUAUGACGUUCUGGCUGAACGGUCCAUCAUUCGUUCAAGCGGGAUGCCACGGAAUGCUUGAGCUAAGCCCUUCCACUGAUCUCGCAGUGUUGGGUGCAGUGGCUCCGCAAGCUCCCGUGCUACUAGCCACCGUCGGGCCUGAUUGCGACGACUUGAUCGCGCAAUACCCGCACCAUUGUUCCUUGGGAAAGACGCGCCGUCACUUCGCCUGGCUCGGACGUGCGGUCAACAAUUUUAAGGCAAAAUCGGCCUUGCUACGUGCAAAAGAUCCUGGCCUUUCCGCGAUACAUGGCCCCAUGACGCUCGCCGCCCAAGAAGUUGGGCUGCGAUUCAUCUUGCUACGGAUGCAGACGACGGUCCAUCCGAAUGAAGUGCGAGAGAUGCAACUGACGGGCCACAUCACGCCAACGAGUCGCCUUCAGCACCUCAACCCGAUCUGCGUGAAUGGGGUGAUCCACGUACAAGGGCGGCUGCAGAAUGCCGAACUUGCGGAAGAGGCGCGCCUGCCCAUCCUCGUCCCGAAGUCCCACCCCUUCUCACGGGUGAUGAUCCGGGACAUCCACGAAAGGAACCACCACGCAGGCGUCGCCCUGGUGAUAGCGGAAUUCAGGACUCGCUACUGGAUGCGUGACCUCAGACGAACAGUGGCGGGGGAGCUCUCGCGAUGCGUCACGUGCGUCAAGGCUCGCCCUCGCCAAUUCACGCAGCAAAUGGGCUCUCUGCCGGUGCCUCGGGUGAACCCGUCGCCCCCGUUCACGCAUACCGGCAUCGACCUAUGCGGGCCAUUUGUUGUAGCAUCUGGGAUGAAGGGCAAUCGCAACAUCGAUGUCUACGUGUGCAUCUUUGUACGCUUUGCCACCAAGGCUGUGCACCUUGAGGUGGUGGAAGACCAAUCCACGCAAGCCUUCAUCUCCGGCCUCAUGCGCUUCGUGUCACUGCGUGGUAGGCCAAAUGUUAUUUACUGCGACAACGGUCGCAACUUCGUGGGUGCCGCUCGGGAACUGCACCGACUCCGUGACGUUUUCAACGAUGCCCAGUUCCAGCACCACGUCGUCGAACUGGCCGCCGAUGAGGGAAUCUGCUUUUCCUUCAUCCCUCCUCGCAGCCCCAACUUCGGUGGGUUGUGGGAGGCCAACAUCAAGGUGGCUAAGCGACUGCUGAAGGCGGCCUCCCGUGGCGCGCGAUUGAGGCUGAUCGAGAUGCAGACGUUCAUGCACCAGAUCUCAGCGAUCCUUAAUUCGCGGCCGCUCACAGCAAUACGUACAUCGCCCGAGGACGUCGAGGCCCUCACGCCGGCCCACUUCCUCAUCGGGCGUUCUUCCUUCAACACCCCGGCCACGUUGAAGGACGACGAGACGGAGCCCCUCCAUACACGGUGGAAGCGGGUUCAACGGAUGGCCCAGCAUUUCUGGACUCGUUGGCGGUCGGAGUACUUGGCGCACCUGCGAUGCGCAGCCAAAUCGACGCGGAAGAUGCCCAACGCCGAGAAGGGACAGAUCGUGCUCAUCGGAGACGACAACCUUCCAGUGUCUCGGUGGCCGUUGGGCGUCAUCACCCAAAAAAAGUACAUCAUCAACACCCGUCAGCUACAACCGCUGAGCGAUCAUGUCCUGCAACAGAGUCCUCCACGUUCGCGGUUGAAAGCUUUUAUCCGAAUCUCCCGGUCCCGGUUGUUCUUCGUACCCCGGUUGCAUCGCUAUCGAUGCAAUCGCAUCCUCUCAAACAAGAUCUACCUUGACCCCUCGCACUGA